AUGACUUUUACCGAUAAACCAUUACCAUUUUCAAUUGAUGAUAUUCUUAAAUAUGAAAAAUCAAAAUCAACAAUAUAUCCAACAUUUAUGCCACGAUCUUAUCAACUUUCAUCAUUGUUGCCCGCAUCGUAUCUUUCAUUUUCACCAGCAAAUAAAUAUUCAUGUUCCGAACAUCGAUCAGGAGUAUGCUCUUCAAAUUUACAUAAUUGUCAUUUAUCAACAUUACAAUUAAAUUCAUCAUAUCCAAAUUUAGAAACAUUCAUACAUCAUAGACGUUGUCGACGAACACGAACAGUUUUUUCUGACGCUCAAUUAAUUGGUCUUGAAAAACGUUUUGAAACACAAAAAUAUUUAUCAACACCCGAUCGCAUUGAACUUGCUGAUAUGUUACAUUUAUCUCAAUUACAAGUUAAAACUUGGUAUCAAAAUCGUCGCAUGAAAUGGAAAAAACAAGUAUUACAACAAGGAUGCAAAGAAGCACCAACAAAACCAAAAGGUCGCCCAAAGAAAAACUCAAUACCAUCAUAUGCAGAAUUACAACGAAUCGAAAAUGAAAAACAAGUAAAUAAUUUAACGAAUUCAUCUUCGUGUGCAUCUGAUGACGAAAAUACAUCGCAAUCAAUUCACUAUACGGAUGACGAUGACGAUGACGAUGAUGAUGAUGAUAACGAAGAUCAAUAUAUUGACAUUGAACAAUGA